UCUGACCGGAAAACAUCGAUAGAGUAACAAAACCCCCUCCUCUCUUUUUGUAAUCUUUCCUUUGGUUUAAUUCUGCGAUUGCAUCAGCAAUGAAGUCUGGUUUAUCUGUUCAAAUGGGAUGGAAAGCAGCAACUUCAUUCAUAAUCUUCGCAUUUCUAAGAACCUUAGGGUUUGCUUUACUGUCACUUCCCCUUCUAUAUUCAUCUUUUAUAUCAUUUCUUGUUUCAAUCGCUUCACACCCCUCAAUCAAUUUCCCAAUCCUCUUGGGGAAAAACACAAAUGGGUCUUUCCCAAUUUGGUCUCUAAUCAUAUUUAGCCCUUACUUGUAUUACGUCCGAUGGAUUUCAUCACUGAAAAGGUUGAAAAGAAGAGAACCCCCUUACACUGAGGUCUCUGAAGGUUUAUAUGUCGGUGGUUGGCCUUCUUCGCCGGAAAAAAUGCCCUCCGGUGACCCUGCUAUCAUAGAUUGCACCUGUGAAUUGCCUAGGGUUUUUGGUGUUUCCGGCAAUGGGUAUUUGUGUAUUCCGACGUGGGACACAAGGUCACCUGAUCCAGAUGCUAUUGAGUCAGCUGUUUUGUGGGGUUGUAGAAAGAGAGCUCAGAAUACCCCUGUUUUCAUCCAUUGUGCUUCUGAUGAUGAACUCAGGUCAUGGAAGAAGUGUGGUGGUCAUGUGUGCACUGUUGGUGGCCUUGGGUGUCGUUGAUAACCUGCAAACUGCUGAGAAGUUGAUCGGAGAAAAGCGACCGAAUGCGCGAAUAAGAGAUCACCACCACAACACCUUACAACAAUGGUCAAACAACUGGUUAUAUCCUCCUUUAAAACCAGACCCAAUGCGCCUUCUUGAUUAGGGGUUGUUUACGGCCGUUUACUAAACACUUAGUGGGUAAUAGCUUAUCACAACAGGCAACACUCUUGUUUAUCUUAUCAUGUAACAUUCGCAACGAUAUUUUCAAUAUUGAAUAUAAUAACCACCAUCUCUCCCUUGUAGAAAUAACACCUAA